AUGUCUUCAGUUAAAGUGGCAGUGCGUGUUAGGCCAUUUAAUAGUCGAGAAAUACAACUCCUUUCGAAAUGCGUCAUCGAUAUGUCCGAUAAAAAAACAUAUAUAACAAGCAGCUCAAAUCAAACAUACAAUUUUGAGUUUGAUUAUUCUUAUUCAUCAUUUGACAGGAAAGCUGUCAAUUAUGCUUGUCAGGAUAAGGUUUAUAGAGAUAUUGGUGCUGAAAUGCUUGACCACGCAUUUGACGGAUACAAUGUAUGCAUAUUUGCUUAUGGUCAAACCGGCUCUGGCAAGUCGUAUACAAUGAUGGGUAAAGUAAAUGAUCUUGAAGAAAUGGGAAUGAUUCCAAGACUUUGCCGUGAAAUUUUUAGUAGAAUUAGUGACAACAGAGAGAAUCAGCAACUUAAGUAUACUGUAGAAGUUUCAUAUAUGGAAAUUUAUUGUGAAAAAGUUAAGGACUUAUUGUGUCCAAAAAAUGAAAAUUUGAAAGUUCGAGAACAUCCGAUUUUGGGUCCAUAUGUGGAUAAUCUCGAGAAAAUGGCUGUGUGUUCAUAUGAAGAUAUUUUUGAAUUAAUGGAUGCUGGCAACAAAGCCAGGACAGUGGCAGCUACAAAUAUGAAUUCGACGUCAUCCCGUUCACAUGCAAUAUUUACAAUUGUGCUUACUCAACGAGAGCACGUUAACGAUUUGGAUACCGAGAAAGUGAGCAAGAUCUCGCUGGUUGACCUUGCGGGUAGUGAAAGGGCAGAUUCAACUGGUGCUGAAGGUCAGAGGUUGAAGGAAGGAGCAAAUAUAAAUAAAAGCUUGACUACACUUGGACUUGUUAUCAAAAAACUGGCUGAACAAUCGACAAAGAGGAAGGGAAAACAAUCAAGGACGGCUGUCAUACCCUAUCGAGAUUCUGUUCUGACAUGGCUUUUGAAGGAAUCUCUUGGAGGAAAUUCAAAAACUGCAAUGAUUGCUGCCCUAAGUCCUGCUGAUGUUAAUUUUGAGGAAACUCUGAGUACACUACGAUAUGCUGACAGUGCCAAACAAAUUAUGUGUCGUGCCAAAGUUAAUGAAGAUCCAAACGCAAAACUUAUAAGAGAACUUAAAGAGGAAGUACUAAAACUUCGUUCUCUUCUCAAAAAUCGUGGAGUUGAAGUAGGUGAGAACGGUGAGGUUUCUCCCGAUACAAAGAUAUAUUCCGGCGAGGAGGAUACAAUCGAGCAACUUAAAACGUCUGAGAAGCUGAUAGCUGAAUUAAAUGAGACAUGGGAGGAUAAGCUUAAAAAGACAGAGACUCUUAAAAAACUUCAAUCGGAAGAACUGCGCGAGUUAGGGCUUGCAACAUCUGCGGAUGGUUCUGCACUUGGUGUUUUUUCGCCGAAAAAGCUUCCGCAUUUAGUUAAUCUAAAUGAAGAUCCAUUAAUGAGUGAAUGUCUUCUAUAUUAUCUCAAGGAAGGCAUAACAAUGGUAGGGCGGCAUGAAGCAAAACCAAGGCCGGAUAUUUUGCUUAGCGGUGAAUAUAUAAAAAAUCAACACUGCCAGUUUGACAAUUCCUCUGGAGCUGUUUCGGUUGUCCCCAUCGAGGGAGAAAUCUUUGUUAAUGGAGAGCCUUUGCAAUCUGGGCAAUCUAUGAAGCUUAGUUCAGGCUGUCGAAUAAUUCUUGGUCGAUGCCAUGUUUUUCGCUUCAAUGAUCCACAAGAAGUUAGGCAAAGCAAGCAUAACCUAGCCGGAGUUGCUUCAUCUAAGGAACCCAUUGACUGGCGCUUUGCUCAAAACGAACUUUAUCAAUGCCAAGGCAUUGACUUGAAACAGGAAAUGGAUAAGAAAAUUGUGGAGAUAGAACAACAAUUUCGUAAAGAAAUGGAACAUAUGGAACGUGAGCAUAAACGAAGAAAUAACGAAUAUGAAAGUCGAAUACAAAGCUUACAAAAGCAAGUUGAUCUGGCCCAAAGUCAACUCAUCUCUUCAGGCUGUUCAAGUUGGAAUAACAGUGAAUUUAUAUUAAGCAAAAGUCUGUUAGCUGAGGUCAAUGAUGAUCCAUGGACACCCGAUUUAACAAUAAAGGUGCAUAAAGCAGCUAUGAAAUGGCGUUAUUAUCAGUUUACUUCUGUUCGCGAUGAUCUUUGGGGAAAUGCCAUUUUUCUGAAGGAAGCAAAUGCCAUUUCGAUUGAUUUGAGGAAAGGAGUAGAGUAUCAAUUUGUUCUUUUAACUGAUACAAUGUACAGCCCUCUUCCACCUGAACUAUUACCACCCGGUGAAAAUUUGAGUUUGAGGCCUUAUCCAAAAACUGGUUUUUUAAACGUGUUAUCACUUUUAAAGCAACUAUUUUUAGUUGUUGCUGUGGAAGUGAGAGACUUAAAAAACGGUGCUAUUCAUCAUUGGAGCUUAGAAAAACUUAAAUCAAGAUUAGAAGAUAUGAGACGCUUGUACAAUGCCGAUGUAAACGAUGCCACUCCUGAACGACCCGAUUUGAGAACUGUAGGUGAUUUGUUAAACAUGAUGUUUCCUGCAAGUGGAGCAGGAUUAGCCCCAGAAAGAAUGAAAUUGCGAAAGAAAACAAAAGAAUUGCCUAUCAUGGAAGAAACGAUCACCUCAGAAGAUAAUCUCGAUAUUAACGAAAAUAAUAAUUUGGAUGAUAUGUGGCUUGGGGCCGAUCCAUUUUACGAGCGCUUUCCUUGGUUUCAUUUAAUUGGGAGAGCAUUUGUUUAUUUGAACAAUGUACUUUUUGAUGUUUCACUAAGUCAUAAGGUUGCUGUUGUAAAUGAACGAGGCGAUGUCAUCGGCUUUCUUCGAGUUAAGGUUGAAAUGUUGGAGAACAGUAAAAAGGUGAAGGAGGUUGAGAAGGCAACAAUUAAUAGCACUAGUCAAGUAGCUAGAUUGUAUUUCCGGAAAGAACAUUUCUUGAAAAACAUGCAACGUAGUGAUGGUGGGCGUAUCGUUUCAUCUGCUUCGAGUAUGAAUGUAGCAGCUGCAAAGCCUGUGGCUGUCAGCCCCUCAGAGGGAUAUCUCUCUGAUAAUGAAUCAACAGAAUUAGAGGCAGUAUUUCCUUCACAUAUUGCUAGAGAUCAAGAAUUUACUUUCCGAGUUACUUUAAGUUUUCUACAUCGUCAUGAUGAAGCUUUUUCAACUGAACCAGUGAAAGGAACAUCAGCAGAUGGAACUAGAACACUAAGAUAUAAUUAUGUUCAGGAGUUGAAAACUGUAGCCAACCCGGCAUUCAUUCAUUAUCUCCAACAUUUCCCGAUGAUUUUUGAAGUUUUUGGACAUUUAACUAAAAUUAAUGUCAGUAGCAUGUUUGCCAAUGCUUGCCAAGAAAAGUAUCUAUAUACAUAUUAUCUAUCAUCCUUUAAUAAUUUUUUUAUUAUUUUCCGAUCAAAAAUCUCCAAAACAAUGAGCAAUCUCCAACCUUCUUUAGUCAUUGCAACUCCACUUAAGAGCAGGUUUACAACAGGGAAUUCUUUAACUAGACGAAACCCAGUUGUGGCAAAGUAUGAUCUUUUAAUUUGGUUUGAAAUAUGCGAAUUUGGAAGUAAUGGAGAAUAUCACCCUGCUAUUGUUGAUCACGCAAAUGGCCUUCCAACACACGGUGUAUUUCUCCUGCAUCAAGGGAUUCAAAGACGUAUAAAAAUUACAAUUUGUCAUGAAAAAGGUGAUAUACAAUGGAGAGACUGUCAAGAGUUGGUAGUUGGACGAAUAAGGAACACUGCUGAGUGGGCUGGAGGACAUGAUGAUGAUGUUCUCAGUUUGGGAUUGUUUCCUGGAACUUAUUUGGAAUUUGCAAUGGAUGAUCGUGUAUUCUUUCAAUUCGAAGCUGCGUGGGAUUCUUCUUUACAUAAUUCCCCACUUUUAAAUCGCGUUUCUGGUUAUGGUGAACAAGUUUACAUGACAAUAUCGGCCUACAUGGAGCUAGAAAAUUGCUCGCAACCGGCCAUCAUAACAAAAGACGUUUGCAUGCUUAUUUAUGCUAGAGAUUCGAAAGUUAGUGCAGCUAGUCGCUUUUGCCGUUCAUUAAUUGGGGGAAUAUCCAAAAGUCCUGAAAUGAAUAGAGUACCAGGGAUUUAUUUGCUCACGUUGAUGCAGGAAAAUGAAGAAAAUAGUGCUUGUCGGAGACAAAGGCGUGUUUUAGAUACAUCAUCGACAUAUGUUCGUGGAGAGGAAAAUCUUGGAACAUGGAGGCCACGAGGAGACUCGAUCAUUCUCGAGCAUCAAAUUGAAUUAGAAAAGCUUAGUAAAUUGCAGCAAGUAGAAAGAAUGAGAUUGUUUCUUAAACUUAGGCGUUCUAGAAAAUUGGGCAGUGGGGAUACACCGAUGACACCAACGGCUCCGAAAUUUCAAAUUCCUGACAAAAUUAAGUUUACACCUUUUGAGAAGAAAAUUGCGGAGAAAGUAAUCCAUCUGAUUAAAUUGAGAAUUCCUGUUAACAAGGAAUCCCCAACUGGAAAGAAGCUAGAGGCUUUGAGUAGUGAAAGCUCACAAAGUGGUGGAAGUGUUGAUGGCCGUAACAAUCCAGCUACUUUGGACGUUGUAACGAGGAGUAGAUCUCGAUCCUUUGACAAUCUCAAUGCCCCAGAUUUGGGAAUUGGAGGCGAAUCGUCCAUGAAAAGGUCAACUUCAGGCAAUUGCAUGUUCAAGGAUGAAAAUUCAACGAGACUUUUGCCUGAUGUAACAGAAGAGCGUGUUGGCUUAAUUGUCUCAAGAAAAGGUUACAUGAAUUUCAUGGAAGGAGUGCGAAAUGAAUGGAUUAGAAGAUGGGUGGUUAUUCGGAGACCUUAUAUUCUGUUAUAUAGAGAUGAAAAAGAUUUGGUAGUAAGAGGCUUAAUAAAUUUGGCAAUUUCCAAGAUUGAAUAUGAAGAUGGACAACAAUUGGUGGUUGGCAUGGAAAAUGCUUUUUCUGUUUAUACAAAUAAUCGGGCAUUUUUCAUGCAGCCCUUGGCAGGAGAAUGCGUUUUCGAUUGGAUUUAUGCAUUAAAUCCUCUUCUAGCUGGUAAGAUUAGGUCGAGGCGACUUACAGAAAUACCCAAAAAGAUUAGUAAUGCAUGA